AUGCACUCUUCGCCUAUACACGCUGCGUCCCUCGUGGACCCCGCCACACACUCCCCUGCCAUGAUGGAGCUCAUCGAUAUACGCUUGACGAAGCCUGUUGUCGACUACCUCAUCGAAUGCGUCGUUGAGACGGUCGAUUUCGCGAUGGGCCGUGCGUCUACUCCGAGGGGCCGAAACCCGUCGCGCUACCUCUCCUCUUUCACCACCUUUGCCAACAACGUUCUGACCAGGGCUGAAGUCACUCCGGCGACUGUCCUCGCUUCCCUCGUCUACAUAUCCCGCGCUUGCCCCCACCUUUCCAUUGCCCUCGAAGAGUGGGCGUUAGAGCGCGUCUUUCUGGGGGCCCUCAUCGUGGCGUCGAAGUACACCAACGACUCCACGCUGAAGAACAUCCACUGGGCGCUUUGCACGGGCGUCUUCGGCAAGCGGGACGUGGGCCGGAUCGAGCGGGAGUUCCUCGAAGUACUCAACUGGGAGUUGUCCAUCAAGGAAUCCGACCUCCUCGCACACCAUUCCGCCUUAAUGGCCGUCGCCUUCCCCGACAAGCACAUCCCGAUCUCCUUCGUCCCCACCCACACGCGCCAUUCCUCAUCCAUUUCCAUCCCCGACCUGGCCCCGAGCUCCCCGGGCUCCUCGCUCGGCUCGUUCUCGCCACCGACGCCGCUCCAGCAGCACGUGCCCGUCGACGUCGUGUCCGAGCCGAAGGGCCGGUUGAGCGACAUCAUAUGCGCGUUCCCGAUACCCAUACCCAUCCGCCACCAUGCGCACAACCCCAGCAUCCAUGUCGCGUAA